GCAGAAGACUCUAUUGAUCCCAUAUACUAUCGCUUCAACCUUAACAGGCAUUUCCCUUUGUAUAAUCACAACUUAUACGGUCAUCAGCUUGCAGUCUGUGCAGUCGUUUACCUCACACUAUACGUAGCAGCCAAAUUUACAUUUGGUUUUCCCCUUGUAACUGCACUGCUAAUUUAUAAAUGGCGAAGGAGGCACUUGUCAAUGUAUGAGAAUAUAGAAGACUUUCUACGGAGUAAUAAUAAUCUCAUGCCAAUACGGUACUCUUACUCGGACAUCAAAAAGAUGGCUAGAGGUUUCAUGGACAAGUUGGGGGAAGGAGGCUAUGGCUCUGUAUACAAGGCAAAGCUCCGUAGCGGUCGCCUUGUAGCCAUCAAGAUGUUAGGCAAGUCCAAAACUAAUAAUGGCCAAGACUUUAUCAAUGAGGUUGCUACCAUCGGAAGGAUUCGCCAUGUUAACGUGGUGCGACUUAUUGGCUUCUGUGUUGAAGGUUCAAAACGUGCUCUUGUAUAUGAUUUCAUGUCUAAUGGGUCUCUCGAGAAAUACAUUUUUUCUCAACAAGGAGAUGUGUCUUUAAGUUGCCAUAAAAUAUUUGAAAUCGCACUCGGAGUGGCUCGUGGUAUUGAUUACCUCCAUCAAGGCUGUGACAUGCAAAUUUUGCACUUUGACAUCAAGCCUCACAACAUUCUUCUAAACGAGAAUUUUACUCCCAAGGUCUCUGAUUUUGGGUUAGCAAAGCUAUACCCGUUGGAUAAUAGCAUUGUAUCUUUGACUGCAGCAAGAGGAACCAUGGGAUACAUUGCUCCAGAACUGUUCUACAAAAACAUUGGAGGUGUUUCGUACAAAGCUGAUGUGUAUAGUUUCGGAAUGCUAUUGAUGGAAAUGGCUGGUAGAAGGAAAAACCUGAAUGCGGGUAUAGAACAAUCAAGCCAAUUUAGCCAAAUCUUCUUUCCGACAUGGGUUUCUGAUCAGUUGAAGGCAGGAAAGGACAUAGAAAUAGGAGAUGAUGCAACAGAUGAGGAAAAGAAGAUCAUAAAGAAGAUGAUGAUGGUGGCUUUAUGGUGCAUACAAAUGAAGCCUAUCGAACGCCCUUCAAUGAAUAAAGUAGUGGAGAUGCUUGAAGGAGAAAUUGAGAGCCUCCAAAUGCCUCCAAGGCCUUUCUUAUACCCACAACAAAUUCCUGCAGAUUAUGUUGAUCUGGACAAUCGAAGUCCCUGUACAUCAAGUGCUUCAGAAUCUGAAGAGAUUACUUUGAUUGCCGAUGCAAAUGAAGUGAAUCAAUAUUAG